UUGCGUCAGGCCGCCAUGUUGGCUGCAGAGAGAGCAGGGAACCAUCCCGCGGAGAGUUUCUCUGAUCCUCUGACCCUCUGACCCGGGCCAUCCUCAGUACCUCAGGGCUCUCUGGUCCAGGUAACGUGUGUGCGCGCGUACUGGAGCGGGGCCGCUGCCACCCGCAGCGGGACGAAGACAACAUGGCGGCGAUGAGGACGUUCUGCUCGCAGGCGGAGCUAAUCAUGGAGGUGGCGGUGAGGAGCGCCGUACAGGAGCUGGGACGGGAGGGGGCGGAGCACGACCAGGUGGGGAGCGCUCAGGCUCACCUGUCCACCGUGCUGGGGGGCGUGGCCAGAGAGGCAGUCCGUAAAAUCUGCAGAGUCUUCAGAGAGCUGUACACGAGCAUCGAGGUGGAAAACAAAGAUCUGAGGGAAAAAUUGAGACACCUUGAAAGCUCGCCCACUGCUUCAAGGAUGGUUAAACCAUCACCUAAGUUCAACCUGGCAGAUGGACCUGCCCUGUCUCUGGAUGACCAAUCAGCUGCUGCCACCGCUUCUCUGGCUGUGGUCAUCCUCAGCCCACCGGUGCACGCACCAAUCACAGGCCAGAGCAGUCUGACCACACUGCAGGAGGGCACGGUGGGUGUUUUAGAUAUGACACACUUCUCUGCAGAUCCUCAGGCAUCACAUGAUGUGAUCCAGCCCUCAGACGUGACAUCACUUCCUGAUUGUGAUGAUCAGCCAGCUGCUGAGCUUCCAGAUGACGAAACACGCGAAGAGGCCUGUGAUGCUGUAACAGAGACGAAGUCUGAACCUGUGGGACAGAAACGUGAUGACCAGGAGGUCCCCGAGUCUACGACAGGUGUAAGCAAGGAGCAGCAGAAGGAGCAGGAGAGGCGGCGGAGGAGGGAACAGUACAAGGAAAAGAGGUUCUUCUGUGAGCUCUGUAACAAGGGUUUCCAUCAGAAGCACCAGCUGCUGAAACAUGCUGCAUGCCACCUGAAGCCAUUCCCCUGCAGCUCCUGCGAUAAAGGUUUCUACAAGGCGCAGACGCUGCAGCGCCACCAGCUCGCCCACCGCCUACAUGAAGCACAGCAGAGUGACCCCGACAAGCUGCUGCAUUGCGACCAGUGUGACAGGAAGUUCAGGCUGCCACGCCAGCUCAGAGCACACCAGGCCUCCCACCGACUCGAGAAAACGCCACUCAAGUGCUAUGCCUGUGACCGCACCUUCACCUCCAGCAGCGCACUGCGAUACCACGAGGUGUCACACGCCAAGAUCAAGCCCUUCAUGUGCGACGUCUGUGGGAAAAGCUUCACUCGCAAGAAGAGUCUCCGAGAGCACCAGACAGUGCACACUGGCGCCCGGCCGUACUCCUGCCAGACCUGCACCAAGAGCUUCUCCACUGCCAGCAACCUGCGUGUCCACAAGAGGUCGCACUCGGAGGAACGCCCAUAUAAGUGCAGCGAGUGUGACAAGGCGUUCAAGUGCAGGAUGGGCCUGCUGCAGCACCGCGUUGUCCACUCAGGAGAAAAACCAUUCACCUGUCCCACCUGCGGCCUGAGCUUUGGCCUCAAGUACAACUUCCAGAGACACCUAAGGCUGCACAGUGGAGAGAAGCCCUUCAGGUGUGAUCAGUGUGGCGAGGGCUUCACGGGGACCUGGGCUCUGAAGACCCACAUGCUGGUUCACGGCAUGGCAAAGCCAUUCAUGUGUGACCUGUGCGGAAAGACAUUUUUCUACAACUGCCAGUUGCAGAAACACCAGCACCUGGUUCACAGCGGCGGCAGCGAUCGGGGGAAGUCCGGGGGAGAGGUGGGCAGAUGCCGGUCGACCGGAGUCAAACCGUUCAGCUGUAAAGUCUGUCCAAAGAGUUUCAGCAGCAGCAGCUCGCUACGGACGCAUGAGAAGAGUCACGCCCAGAACAAAGAUUUUACCUGUGACACAUGCGGGAAAGCCUUCCACCUGCGUCACCUGUACCUUUACCACCUGAGGCAACACAGCGGCGACCGGCCACAUGUCUGCACCGUCUGCCAUAAAGGCUUCCUGCUGGCAUCACAGCUGAAGCAGCAUGAACUACUGCACACGGGUGUCAAACCUCACCGCUGUGAGCAGUGCGGCAAAGAGUUCAGGACGCCGCAGAACUAUCACCGCCACCUGCUGGUACACACUGGCGAGAAGCCAUACGAGUGCGGCGUGUGCAGCCGGAAGUUCCGGCAGUCCAACCAGCUGAAGUCUCACAUGCAGAUCCACACGGGCAUCAAGCUGUACUCGUGCGAGCGCUGUGGGCAGGGCUUCUCCGACUCACGCCAGCUCAAGAAACACCGCUGUGGAGACAGCGAGCGAGACUUGCUUGAAUCUGCCAGCAAGCACAGAAAACAGGCGGACAUAUUCCAGUGGACGCAUGAGUUCACAGCACAGUGACACGGGAACAGGCCGUCAGCAAAACUCAGAAGGAGGCGGAGGACGAUUUCUAGGAACAGCUGACUCCGUCCUCCACGAUGUUGUCCAGCACAUCGUGUUUUAUUUUGUGUACAAUUUCCACACAAACUAAAAAGCAAACAUGAGUUUGUGUUUAGGGAAAACUAUUUCCUGCCGGUGUAUCCUUCCACAUCCUGAAGCCUUUACUGAUUGGCUGGUCUGUUCCUUCAGAGUGCUUCUUUUUAAAGUUUAGAAAAUGGUGAUGUAGAAUUUGAUUUCUUUGCAAAAACACCACCAGACACCCUCGCCUGUCUCUGGACUGACAACCAAGCACACAGCUCAAACCUCUGGGUCAAAAUCUGUGAAAUUAAAGGAAAGUGUGACUGAAACCAUCUCCAGCCUGAGCUGAAAGCAAGAUGGGGUUUUAACCUGGUGUCUCAUUGCAAGAAAAGUCUGAUUUAUAUAAGUUCACCUGCCAGAAUCAGACCACGGGUUCAUUUUCAGUGACAGAAGAAGAGAAGCAGGUGCUGCUUUAAUAAAAUUUGGUUUUGCUGUUUUA